AUGUUUCGAACUCUGUGCUUUCGCAGGGCUUUGCUUCGACGCAAUGUCGCUACACGUGUAAAACCAUCCCUGCAAGGUCUUCACGAUGAAUGGCUGCUCAACGCGAUCAACAAACUUUCGGUAUACGACGCCAUAACCUUGUCACAGCACAGCCGUGGAAUAUAUGCCUUAUGCGAUGUGAAAAAUCGUCAGAAAUGUCACCAAUUGGAGUUCGGCCGAGAGAAAUACCCGCAGACUCAUGAAGCUGGGCUCCAAGCUGGUCUAGACACAUUACCCGCUAUUCUACGAACUCCCUCCCUUGGAAAUUAUCUUCGUCGGGUGGACCUCUACGGAACUGGAAUGAUUGAAUGGUAUCCUGACUAUGAAAUUUCCAUCCCAGAUACUGUGCUGCCACCCGAGGAUAUCGACGGACUCAAGCAAGCAAUCCUAAGCGCCGGCUUCCAAGAUGCACAGGAGUGCGACUCAAUUUUGUCCAUGCUUUUACGAAAUCCUACCAAGUUCGAAUCUGAUUCAAGCACGGAAGCUCUUCAGUUCAAAGAUGCCCUUAUUACGCUUUUAAUUGCAGCUGCUCCGAAACUUGAAUCUAUUUCAAUGUAUCCAUUAUUGGAAUAUAUUCAUUGUUCAUGUACUGGGAACUAUGGAAUGGUGGAUCUUCUCCGAAGAUUGCUUCAUCGGGCAUCUGCAGAGUCGGUGCUAUACUGCCAGAAACUACGAGAUAUUAGCUUCCACCCAGACGAUAAGAUCAACGAAUCCAUUGAGUACAUUGAAGACCCAUAUUAUCAUCAGCUUAAUAUGGCCCGCAAACUACCCGCUGUUGAAUCGGUCGCCUUCAAGCUGGUAACGUGGAGCAAUGAAGCUGGAAUACCACCUCCUCCCCGUUCCGCCAACUACAGCAAGAUCAGCUUUACACAUUCUGCCAUGGAAAGUUGGGAUCUUUGUCGUAUUAUCGAAUCCGCUAAGACCUUGAAAAGUUUCACUUCCACCAUCGGUGGUCGUUUAUACCCUGAGGGUGGUACCCCCGUGUUAUGCGUGACUCCGAUACUCAAGUCCCUUUGGAUACAUCGGCAGACCCUAGAAGAAGUGAAUCUAGAUAUGGAGAGCCAGACACAUCGGCAAGAGUUGUAUGAUGAAGAAUAUCAACAAGGACAAGAGGAUGUGAUGAGUGAAGAGGAACGGAAAGAGUAUGAGGAGCAAUGGGCAGACGAGCUGCCAGAGCUAGCCGCCCCAGAGAUCGCACCCGCGCGCGUCUCCCUGAAAGACUUUCCACAGCUCAAGAAUCUCAGCAUUGGAGCCCAUAUGCUAUGCUAUCUAGCUCGAGGUACAGGAGAUGGCAAGAAGCAGCUUGGCUCAGAGAUUUUCAAUCUUGUUGAUCAUAUCCCGUCUGGUCUUGAGUUCCUUCGGAUUUACGGGUACGGAGAGCCCGCGGAUGCUCACCUGGAUUACGAAUCUGAUCUAGAUAUCGAUGCCCAAAUUGAGCAACUGGCGCGUGAGAAAGAUGCCAAACUGCCAGGACUGAAGAUCCUUGAAGGCGUUGAGUUUUGUAUUCCAAAUGGCAGGACUUUGGGUCAAGAUGCGGAUAGAGACGAUCUUAAAAUAUUCUGGAAAGAUCCAGAUGACAACAGGUUUGACGAUGUCGCCAGUGCCUUGGCAGGCCAGAAGAAGAGCUGUGCAUUAGGAACUGCUAUGUAUGUUGUGCAGUGGACGGAGUACUAG